UCGGUUCAGUUACUAAAGUUAGUUCAGCCCAAACGCACAAUUUCAAUUUUUAUUUAUAAAUUUGAACUCGAAUUGAAUAGCGUUAGUGCGGCACACAGACACCUAGACAUCCCUACACCCCCCAGACCCACAAUCCACACGGGGAUGUGACAGACUUUUAUAUUUUUUUAAACAUUUUUUUGCCAAGUGCAGCCCUAAGCAAAGACCUAGGAUUUCGAUUCCUGAAUAAAGCAACCCGAGAAGGCAAUUUAGUGCGCGAUUCGCCCGCGUUCUGCGCCUCCUUCACCUUCAGACAAAGAAUCAGGAGCAGAGAAAAAGGAAGCCACAAAGUUCAAGUGAAUAAACAGUGUGCACCCAUAUGGUCUACCAAUGCCGCAAAGCAGUGAGCGGUGAUGCGCCUGCUGAACGAGGUCACAACCACAGCCGUCAGUUAAAUAAUCAUUAGUAAAUAGUCCAGCUACUCCGCAACACAAUCGGACCCAACAGCAAAUACUUCCGCCAGCCGCAACCAAAGAAAAGCGACAGCCACAGUGCUUUCAUCCUUUCAUCGGGGGGCCACGAAAAAGCCUUCAAAAUACGCAAGAAGGUGACCUCAAAGAAGGCCAGCGUUGUGUCGGUUGACGACGAUCACAACAACAACAACCACAAGAACGACCACAACGCUCGGCAGCCCACAACCACACCCACACCCAAUCCCGUUCACCCAGAACAGGAGCAGGUAGCCCAGUACCAUAGGAACAACCGUAACCAGAAGCCCAUCGAGAUGGACGACACACAGCACUUCUGUCUGCGCUGGAACAACUAUCAGAGCAGCAUCACCUCGGCCUUUGAGAACCUGCGGGACGACGAGGCAUUUGUGGAUGUGACGCUUGCCUGCGAGGGACGCAGCAUCAAGGCGCACCGCGUCGUCCUCUCCGCCUGUAGUCCCUACUUCCGCGAGCUGCUCAAGAGCACACCCUGCAAACACCCGGUCAUAUUGCUGCAGGAUGUCAACUUCAUGGAUCUGCACUCGCUGGUGGAGUUCAUCUACCACGGCGAGGUCAACGUUCACCAGAAGUCGCUGCAGUCCUUCCUAAAGACCGCCGAGGUGUUGCGCGUCUCGGGACUCACACAGCAGCAGGCGGAGGAUACACACAGCCACCUGACUCAGAUCCAGAACCUGGCCAACGCCGGUGGCCGCACGCCGCUUAACACGCACGCUCAUUCGCACCCACAUCCACAUCACGGCGCCUUGCACGACGACGGCGGAGCCUCGACCCUCUUCAGCCGCCAGGGAGCGGGCUCCCCGCCACCCCCCGGGGUGCCGUCGCUGCCCCCUCACAUUAACAACCAGCUGCUGAAACGCAUGGCCAUGAUGCAUCGCAGCAGCGCCGCAGUCGCCGAGGAGACCUCACAGGCUCUCAAGCGGCUGCGCGGAUCGGACAACGGUCUGCCCCUAUCCGGUACCGGCAGUGCCAGCAACAACAACAGCCCCGACUUGCCGCCGCUCCUUGCGCGCAGCGCUUCGCCUCAACAGACUCCGGCCGACUUCAGCACGAUCAAGCACCACAACAACAACAACACGCCGCCGCUCAAGGAAGAGAAGCGCAACGGACCCACUGGCAACGGCAACGGCAACGGCAACGGCAAUGGCAAUGGAAACACUGGCAACGGUAAUGGCAACGGAGCGAGCAACGGCAACGGAAUCUCCAUCAGCGACAAGCUGGGCAGCCUCACACCCUCGCCGCUUGCUCGCGCUGGCACCGAUGACGUCAAGUCUGAGCCCAUGGAGCUGGUCUGCUCCAACAACAAUGCCAACGCCAACGACGAGCACAGCAACGACUCCACCGGCGAGCACGACGCCAACCGCUCCAGCAGUGGCGAUGGCGGCAAGGGUUCUCUGAGCUCUGGCAAUGACGAAGAAAUCGGUGAUGGACUUGCCACGCACCACGCCGCCCCGCAGUUCAUCAUGUCUCCGGCGGAAAACAAGAUGUUCCAGGCUGCCGCCUUCAACUUCCCAAUGAGCAAUCUCGAUCACUCAGCGUUGCUUGGUCUCAACACACAGUUGCAGCAGUCCGGUGACCUCGCCGUGUCCCCUCAAGGUGGCAGCACCGGCAGCCUACUCGGCGGCGUUAUAGUGCCCGGCGGUAGUGGCACCCAUAGUAAUAAUAGUAUCAGCAACAACAGCAGCAACAACAACAACAACAGUAACAACCAGCAAGAACAACAAGUAGACCAACAGUCAUCACCACACCUCCUCCUCCAACAACAUCAUUCCACACCACAUACCAACAGUCCACAACAACAACAGCAACUGAAGCAGGAGCAACUGAAGCAGGACCAACUGAAGCAGGCGGGUGGCGGGAGCAGCAAGUCCAGCGACCUGCACAUUGCGGCGGGCAGCGAGCGAAGCCUGUCACGCUCCUCGCAGGGCAUUGCGGAGGCAGGCGGUCACAGUGCCACGCCCUCGCCUUCGCCCACCGCUUACCACAAGCGCGAGAGGGAGCGCGAACGCGAGCGGGAGCGGGGACGAUCGUUUGACCACGAGCGGGACCUGGAAGGACCGGGCGGCACAGGAUCGCCGGCUUCUCCGCCACCACCGCCGCCGCCCUCGCACCACUCGCACUUCGGCCAGCAUCCGUUGUCGCUGCUGCCGAGCCACCACCAGCUCCACGCCACCCAUCACGAGCUGAGCGCCGCCGCCGCCCACCACGCCCACGCCCAUGCGCAUGCCAUGGCCCGCGCUGGAUCGCCGUUGGAGCGCCACCACCUGUUGCACCACAGACGGGCCUCGCUCUCGCCCUCGGGCGCCGUGACCGGGGCCAGCGGCGGAGGUGGACGGGGCUCAGGAGGAGCGGGCGGCAGCCUUCUCUCUUCGGUGCGCGCCCAGGACGUGGCGCAGGCCAACCGGCUCCUGCUGCCCCUGCCGCUCAACGCCUGCCACCGGUGCGACGUGUGCGGAAAGCUGCUGAGCACCAAACUCACGCUGAAGCGCCACAAGGAGCAGCAGCACUUGCAGCCGCUGAACAACGCCGUGUGCAACCUGUGCCACAAGGUCUUUCGCACGCUCAACUCGCUGAACAACCACAAGAGCAUCUACCAUCGCCGCCAGAAGAACCACCACUCGUACUUCCACCACGGGGCCAGCGUGGGCCAGGCGGGCAGUCCGGGCAGUCGACUCCAUCAGUCACUUAGCUCGCUAAGCGCCGCAGCGGCGGCGGCCAACAACAGCGUAAAUGUGGGUGGAGGCGCUGGUGGAGCGGGGGGCAAUGCAGUGGCCGCUGCCGCGGCGGCAGCAGCUGCGGCCGCCGAACUGCUACUCUCGCCGAUUGUUGGCGCCGCGGCCGUGGCCGGAGGGACGGCCAGCUCCACGCUCCAGCUGGCUGCGGCGCACCAGCAGCAGCAGCAACAGUCGUCGCCGGGCAUUGUCAAGCCGUGCAUGGACUUCUUAUAAGAUCAACAGCAACUCUUGCAGCAGCUGUUCCACGUGGCGCUCAACAACUCCGCGGCGGCAGCGGCGGCUGCAGCAGCAGCAGCUGCGGCGGGAUCGGGCCCUGGGGGAGCAGCUGGGCCGGAGGGAAUGGGCGGCGUUCAGGAGUACGGGGUACAGGGGCCCAGUGGCACGCCCACCGUCGAUCUCACCCAGCUCGAGCACUCGGCGGGAGGCGGAGGGUUCUCCGCUGCCGCCCUACAACACCACCUGCCGCACCACCUCUCCCACCAGCACUCACUGUCCCACCAGCAUCCCCACCAGCUUGGGCACCAGCAUCCCCAUCCGCAUCCGCAUCCCCAUCAGCAUCCAUAUGAACGAAUGAAUUUACUAGACCAAUAAGCGAUGCGCAGGAAAGUAUGCUACAAAAAUCAGGCACGACGAUCGGGCACCACACACACGCACACAAUUGGAGAAUGAGGAAGAGGAGAAGGAGACAGAGACAGAGACGGAGGAAAAGGAGGAGAAAGAGGAGUAGAAGGAGGAGGAGCAUAAGAGAACCGACCGAACGAACGAAAGGAUUACUAUAAGAACAGGAAUGCUAUCACAUAACCGUGUAUAUUUCGGAUCUCACAGAACGGAAAAUUCAAAGACUUUUUCGGGCAGAACAAAAACGAAACUAAAAUACAUUGGCAAACAUCGAGACGAAGCAAUGAUAAACAAGAAAGCGAAAGCGAGGAGAGGAAAGGAAAGGAAAGGAAAGGAAAGGAAAGGAAAGGAAAGGAAAGGAAAGG